CAUUGUCGAGCCAUAUAUUUUACAAUGAUACGUCAUAUUUACCUAUUAGUUAACAUUAAUAAUUAAUUACGAACGAUAUUAAUUAAAACAAUAAUUCAGUAGGUCUCUACGUCACCUACAGUUGUGUUUGAGUCGUCUUAUAUCGUUUAAUAUAAUUAUCUAGUCGUCAACUAGUACAUCAGUACAUGUUUGUACUAAUUGCGCCACUGAAGCCAAACUUCAUAACUUGUUUGUUGUGCGAUUGCGAUACAUCUACCGCAUACAUCAUCAUAUAAUAUAAUAUUUUUUCAAUAGUAAUUUUUAUAAAUGAUUAAAUGAUACGGUUUCUGCUUGUGUCAACACUCUUGCAGUCAACCUCUGCCCAAUCGCGUAAACCUAAAAUAAUAGUACUUCUUACUAUUGUAGUCCUUAUUAUUAUACGAUUUUUCAAAGGAAAAAUAAAUAACUGUGACUCCAAUACCAGCUAGCCAGAACCUUAACCCUUUUACCUAAUCGUCAUAUUUUGAAAAGCAGGACCAAUCGUUUGUGAUCAAUUAGACGUGGGGAAUACAAAUGUGGUAUAGCCGUGACGUGCAUGGCGUAAGUGCGUAACUAUAACUGAGUGACCACCUCUAUGUUUGGAGGGGAUCACGUAAAUGUGGGUCUAUUAUCGCGCAACUCUUUUGAAUAGACAGAAACAUAAAAUUCUAUACAUCGACGAAUUACAGCUAUUGUACAUAUACAUAUUUUAUUGGAUUCUAUUAUACACGUGAACUGUUCGUUAUAUCCGUCACCGCGGGGCGCUGCCGAUGCAAAGAUAUGUUUUGACUAAAUACCUAUGCUCUCCAAAAGCUAAACCCUCUGAAACCAACUGCAAUAGGAGGGGUAAGUGCUGCCAAAGAGUUAGAUUAGGAUUAAGUGUCUUUUGUUCAUAUUUAUCUUAAGCACAUCAUAACAUAUUAUAAGUGACUAUGUUUAGUCCAUCGUAUGUAAAAUGUAUCGUUUUCAAUCAAAAGGUAAUUAUAGUAGCCCGUAGUUCGAUCCUCGGGUAAUGACUAUAAAUGUGUGCACUAUUUGUCUUACAAUUACUGGAUAUAUAUAUUUUACUAGAGUCGUUAUUAAUAUUUUGCCGUAAUAAUUAAGCCACCCCAUUGAUGCAGACAUGUGGCAUACUCAUUAAACCUAUAUGGAAAUAUUGUAGACAUUGUGGGGAGGUCGACAUUGGAUGUUUCCGAUAGUUGUCGAAAAAUACUAUAUAAUGGCUACUUAGCAAUUCCAAAAUUCAGAAUAUUAAUAAAUUCAUUAUAAUAUUGUAAAGUAAAAAAUCAGAGGUUAGCUCGGCGAAUCAUCGUGUACAUAUAGGUACGUACCUUCGUCGUUAUAAUGAUUUAAAAUAUGCGAACGGAAAAUAAAACACACGACUCGUCUGUAAACGUACACAGGUGGGCACAGCAGCAGACGUUAUGUGCAUUGUAUACAUUAUCAUUAUAUGAUUAUCAUAUUAUAUUGUGCGUUGUACCUUCCUAUGUGCAAGCCAAUUAUUCCUUAUAGUUGUCAGUGGACCACUAUUAUAUAUGCGUAUUGUGCAUUAGAUGUUAUAUUAUUAUUAUGCUAAUACCGCACGCAUAUACGUGGAGACCAUUGCGACGAAGCUUUCCACUCCUCUCGACGUUUCCGCGGUGGCCGAGUUUUUCGGUCUGUCGUUCGGCGUUCACCAGCUUAAUGUUAUAUAGGUUACUAUAGUAUAUAUUAUUAUUAUGUAUUGCACAUAUUAAAUAUUAACGUGUUUACAUCGCGGGAACAAAACGGUUGUCUUUCGGUCGUCUUUCUCUUUAAGAUAAUAAUAAUAUAAUAUAUAUUAUUUUUCCGCUGCCCACGUCUUUGUCGGUCCUCCUCGUUGAGUGCACACACACACACACACACGCGCGUCACUGCAGCAGAGCUAUCGGACAAAUCUCGCGAAUUCGAUAGUUUGAAAGCGGGCCGAGUACGUUCGUCUCCGUGUACGAUACACGGUUAUAAAUGCGCACGAUUGCAAUACAAUAUAUUCAAUAAAUAAAUUAUUUUUAGUUGUCGUUGCGUUGAGUUGUCUUCAAAUCACCUGGCUGUAACUGUCGACCAACGGAUUAAAACGCUCGCGAGUUCGAUACCCUGAAAGCGGCCCGAGUAUGUCCGUCUGCGAGCGAUACACUGAUAGGAGCCCAAUAUUGUGAUACAAUAACAUUAGUUAUACUAAUCUUUGCCACACCUUUAUGUGGCAUUUCGAGAGGAUACCAUCGCACCAUUAACGCCGUCGAUUUUUGCGUAUUGAAAAACAUCAGCUGAAGUCUCAAUAAUAUUGAAGCCGAGUGCGACAUUACAAUAUUGUUCAGGAACAGACUCCAACGUUUUAGACUUUUCUACAAUUCGAUGGUUAUGACGUAAUGCUCAGUACGUUUCGACAGCUUUCUCGGUGAUGAGGUGUGUGGUAGGGGAUUUCGUAGCACAGUGUUCAUCGGCACGAUGGUGGACACCAACCGAGAUAAUAACAAUGCCGUCGUUGGCAAAGGCAUACUGAAACGGCGAAUUUUCGUCCGCAACGAUAGGCCACCCCAACAGUCAACCACGGCGGUGACCAAACCACUUCAAGACGGCGGCUGCUGUCUGGUGAACGUUUGCAAACGGUGCGUAACGUUCGACGAAACGAUCACGAUCAAAACCGACAAGGACUUAGUAGUCAAGAAGCCGCUUAAGCUGGAACUCGUCAUCGACAACUGGAAGUCGUAUGGUACGAAAACGCCAACCGAAACGAUUCAGUCUGAUCCCGGAAUCGUCAGACGUCUAGUCGACGAGUUCAACACUAUUGAAGAAAAAGCCAUAACAGCAAAGUUAACUAACGGAAAAUCGUCCUUACACGGUCGUUCGCAAAGUACCGGCAGGGUAACUGAUCUUAUAAAUAUGUUCAAUUCGAAAUCAACCAACGGAAAAAUUGAAGAGCUUGAAAUGAAAUUCGUCGAAUUUUGACAGUAUUACUUACUCCAAUUUAAAUAUAAUUUUAAAAACUUCGUGAGAGUUGACUCCCCUCCUUACCCUACCUGUACAAUCAAAAUGUGGUAUUUUAUUCUGUACGAGUACGAUAUUUCUGGAAUAUUACUUUUGUUCGUUUUAAAGUAUUGUAACAACCUCCCUCAAAACCAUAUAAUAAUUAUAUUAUCAUUUAAUUCCCAAACAUUCCAUGGAUAUUAAUAAUUGACAGAGAUAGUUAAAACUUAAAAUUUUUAAGAAUAAUUACAGAUAUUAUAAUUUGCCAAAUUAUAUUCAUUUUACACGUAAUUUCA